GUUCAAGUCCGUGCCUCCCGUCGCUAAGACGCUGGCAGAAAUGCAGUCUAAAUACACCACGACAUUAAUGUAACGAUGAUUGCUGUUAUUAUUCGAAAAAUAACAAGUGUUCCGUGUUAUUUUUAGUGACAUUUUAGUAACAAAUUUUUUUGUUAUCGAAAAAAAAAAUGAAUGAAACAGUGGAUAAAGACGCUUGGUUAUGGCUCCGUGAUGUGAUGAGGUCCUGGCUCGAAGACCCUGGUGUGGAAGAAUACCAGGGUCUCAACAUGAGCGCCCUUAAGAUGGACCAAGCCUACAUUGUCGGAGUGACUGAUCGGGAUGUUGGUGUUUACGCGGUGUCAGAUGACUGUUUCAGGUGUCCAUUCCAACUACAAAAGAAUCUGUCCCCGGAGACGGAGGGCUGGUGGGUGGUGAGCACAGCGAGGCGCGGAACCUGGCGCGUCUAUUCAGACGCUACAGAAAACUACACAAGUGCUAGGAAUACUUCGGGCUUGUUAUGUCAGUUAAGACCCAACUUGGGAGAGUUUGGGGUGUAUACUUUAAAUGCAACUGGCGAGGGAUGCACCAUACGAACGAAUAGAGAACCUGUUGAUAUAUAUAUGCCUCUGCUCCUUCUACUGGGAGUGUUGCUCGCAGCAUGGGUGCUGUACGGUGUAAUUAGGCUUAUAAUGUCAAGAGUGAGACGAUCAGCAAAGCUUCGGUAUGGAGACAAGGAAUUGGCCAUUCAACAACGUUUACGCGCCCUUGAUACUUUUAGAGGGAUUGCCAUAGUAUUCAUGAUAUUUGUAAACGACGGAGCCGGCGGAUACUGGUGGCUGGAACACGCGACAUGGAACGGUUUGGCUGCUGGCGAUCUUGUAUUUCCCGCUUUUCUCUGGAUAAUGGGAGUGUGCAUACCACUCUCUGUGAAGAGUGCCUUCGCUAAAGGAGUCCCGAGAUGGAAAAUUGUUUUUCAUAUCAUUAGGCGUUCAGUGAUGAUGUUCCUGCUUGGUAUAUCUCUAAAUACAAUCUACGGCUCCAACAUGUUGGGUGAGUUGCGGAUAUUCGGCGUGCUGCAGAGGUUGGCGGUAGCGUAUCUGGUUUCCGCUGGUUUCUACGCGCUUACCGCUCCUAAGUACUACACGCCACCAAGGGGCGCGUGUGGGCAGGCGUUGAAAGACGUGCUGUCAUGUGCGUGGUGCUGGGUGUUGGCGGGCGUGCUGAUAGCGGUCCACAGCUCUAUCACAUUCAUCAUACAUGAUCCUGACUGUCCGGCAGGAUACCUCGGCCCUGGUGGUAAACAUGACGAAUGGGUCGCUCCGGAGUGCAGCGGGGGCGCCGCGGGGUACAUCGACCGAUUGCUCUUAGGAGACUCUCAUCUCUACCAGAAUAGUGACGCUAGAAAUGUGUAUGGUGGACCAGUGACGGAUCCAGAAGGCUUAUUAGGUUGCCUCACGUCAGCCGUGCAGGCGCUGUUAGGCGUGCAGGCGGGCGCGACGGUGUUGCUGCAGCGCUCGCACAAGGCGCGUGUGUCCCGCUGGCUGGCGUGGGCACUCGUGUUCGCGCUGGCAGGCGCGCUUCUCGCAGGCUUCUCCAGGGAACACGGAGUCGUACCCAUCAAUAAGAACCUCUGGUCCAUGUCAUUCGUCUUAGUCACGUCAGCUGUGUCGCUGGCGAUACUAAGUAUCUGCUACACAUUCACCGACGCGUGGCGGCUGUGGGGCGGAGGACCAUUCCGAGCUCCUGGCCUUAACGCCAUCGCUCUCUAUAUAGGACAUUCGAUAUGCGCCCACCUGUUCCCCUUCCACUGGAAAGUACCUUUCAUGAGAACACACGCGAUACGGCUGAUAGAAGCGGUAUGGGGAACUGCCUUGUGGGUGAUCAUUGCACAUAUUAUGGCGAAGAAAAAAGUAUUUAUUACGCUCUAAGUUAAGGUUUUGUGAAUAUUGCCAGUUAAAAUAUUACAAAAUGUAUUGAUAAGUUUUAUUAGACAGCCAAAUACGAAAAUUACAAUUUUAUCUCUAUUUUGUUUAUCUUUGAAUUAUCAUUCAUGGUGCUGUUUUCGGCUGCGUAUAUGAUGCUUACCUACUCUAAAAUAUCCGUAUUAAGAUAAUUUGUAAAUAGUUGAUAUUUUAUUUUGACAUCUGACAACAAAAAAUAAGCACUUAUAUUUUACAAAGCUAUUUGAAUUAUAUUGAAUAACAAUUUGAGUAAUUCGCAUUAUGCUUAAUAAUUUAACACCGUUAUUAAAAAAAAAAAAAAAAACAAAACGUCAAAAGAAAUGUUUACGGUACAGCUCAAGUAAAAAAAUGUAAAGUAAAGAGUAGUAUAGUAAUUUUAAACUGCCAUUUUUAUAUUACAGACAAUUUAUACGAUAAUUCGUAAGUUUUGUGAGAUAAGAAAAUGCGGAUUUUUUAUUUUAUUUUUAUAAUUAAAAAAAAAAAACAAAUAUAUAAAGGUUGUUUAUAAGAUUAAUUUACUUAAAUUACAUCCUGGGUUGUGUUUUUUAAUAAGACUGAAAAAAUCAGUACGAUGUCAAAUCCUAUACCUACCUACCUACGUCAGAGUGAAAAUAAAUUAAUAAAAACAAAAUAUUUCUUCCUAUUUUAUAAAUAGCAUAGAAAUUGCAAUUUCAUUUUUGAAAUUAACAAAACAGGAUAAAUUUUUGGUGCUGUCGGUAUGUGACAAUUUAUCUAUUAUUAAGAUUAUCAUUUGUCUUCUGAAUUUAAACUCUCAUAAAUUUAACUGACAUUUAUAUUUUAAUUUGAUUUAAAAUUACUUGUUCAGUUAGAUUUUUUAUAAGGCAUAUUUUUAAUAUUUCGAACAUUUUUAGUAUAUAAAAAUGCUGUAUUAUAAGAAUCUAGUCUAAACAUAUUUUUUUUAUAUAAAAAUACUAUUCGAUUUGUUUAAGCAAAGACUUAUAUGCUUGCAGCUAGUACAUUAAUAAACGGAGAC